CCGCAGCCUACCUUUCUCUGUUACUUUUCAGGAUUCCACUCCGGGGGGUGCCGGCUUCUCCCAGGAUGGAGGGCUUGCCUGGAUGCGGCCAGGUCACGGGGAGGGCAGGUGAAGACCUACCUUUGGCGCCAAAGGUCUAGGUCACGUGGGCCGCCGAGAGGAGCGCUCAGCCGCCGGCGUCCUGCAGGGUAGUCGCGACCGGCAGGGGCGAGGGGCAGGGCUGCAGGACUUCUGACCCCCUGGGCCACCGCUGCGCGGACCGACGGGCUCGGAAGGCAUAUGAUGUGUCAGAGGAAAGACUGAGUGUUGAAUACAAUACUGGUAUGCACUGAAGAUAGAGAAGAGCUUAAUUACUGCCUCAGAUAACAUCAGAUAUCCAUUUAUUAGCACUGAAAUUCCCAAGGCUUUCUUCCAAUGUUCAGCGCUUCUUUGACUCUAGUUUUAUACUAAGUGUGAGAAACCAAGUUGCUGGUUGGAAACUCCAUUGUCUUGAAGGGAUUUGCCCGCGGUUCACUGACUCCCUGGUGUUGAUUGGUGGGGUCCAAGAUACUUCGUUGGAGGACAAGACCAGAGAGAAUGGUUGGUACCAUGUGGAAGGCGACUGUUUUGGUGGCUGUAUUCAUGUUCAGCCCUGGUGGUGAUGGGCUCUUUCCCUCCUUAUACAAAAAAGCUCGGGUUUCUGUACCACGUAAGGGAGACGUAGGAGAGCCAUUAUUUCUUACUCCCUACAUUGAAGCUGGGAGAUUGGAAGAAGGAAAAGGAAGGAGCAUGGUCCCUCCUUUCCCAGGAUCGAAUGUGAAGAGUUAUGCUGGCUACCUCACCGUGAAUAAGACCUACAACAGCAACCUUUUCUUCUGGUUCUUCCCGGCUCAGGUAGACCCCACGGUUGCUCCAGUGGCCCUCUGGCUGCAGGGAGGGCCUGGAGGUUCAUCCAUGUUUGGACUCUUUGUGGAACACGGACCUUAUUUUGUCACAAGUAACAUGACCUUGCGUCCCAGAGACUUCGCUUGGACCACCACACUUUCCAUGCUUUACAUUGAUAAUCCAGUGGGCACAGGCUUCAGUUUUACUGACGACCCCCAGGGAUAUGCAGUCAAUGAGAAUGAUGUGGCACAGAAUUUAUACAGUGCAUUAGUUCAGUUUUUCCUGUUGUUUCCUGAAUAUAAAGAAAAUGACUUUUAUGCCACUGGGGAGUCGUACGCAGGGAAGUACGUACCAGCCCUCGCACACUAUAUCCACACCCUCGGCCCUAUGGCGACAACGAAGAUCAACCUGAAAGGAAUUGCUCUUGGAGAUGCGUAUUCUGAUCCUGAAUCAAUCAUAGGGGGCUACGCCACAUUCCUGUACCAAAUUGGCUUGUUGGAUGAGAAGCAGAGAAAGUACUUCCAGAAGCAGUGUGAUGACUGCGUGAAAUACAUCAGGGAGAAGAGGUGGCUUCAAGCCUUUGAAGUACUGGAUAAACUACUAGAUGGUGACCUAACAAAUAACCCUUCUUACUUCCAGAAUAUCACAGGAUGUCCUAGUUACUACAGCAUAUUACGGUGCGAGGAACCUGAGGACCAAAAUUACUAUGGGAAAUUUUUGUCCCUCCCACAAGUGAGGCAAGCCAUCCACGUGGGAAACCGAACCUUUAGUGAUGGAUCCGAGGUUGAAAAGUACAUGCGAGAAGAUACAGUAAAGUCCGUUAAGCUCUGGUUAGCUGAACUCAUGAACAAUUACAAGGUUCUGAUCUACAAUGGCCAGCUGGACAUCAUUGUGGCAGCUUCCCUGACCGAGCGCUCUCUGAGAGCCAUGAAGUGGAAGGGGUCCCAGAAAUACAAGCAGGCAGAAAGAAAAGUUUGGAAGAUCUUUAAAUCCGAUAACGAAGUGGCUGGUUAUGUGCGGCAGGUGGAUGACUUCUAUCAGGUAAUUGUUCGAGGUGGAGGACACAUUUUACCCUAUGACCAGCCUCUGAGGUCUUUUGACAUGAUUAAUCGAUUCAUUUUUGAGAGAGGAUGGGAUCCUUAUUGAUGGAUAAGCUGCUUUCCUAAAAGAAAGAACAUUGAGAAGAAAAUUUCCAAAAUGGAAACUGUCCUAUAAAUAAGAAAAUUGUCUUUUUAUAUCUUUAAAAUGUUUCCCAUCAAUAAAAAUUAUCCUUGAAACAAGGAA